UCACCACAGACUUAUGAAAGGCUUACUGUUCAUUUUAUAAAAAUUUGAAAACCGCUCAGGUGAUUAUUGGGGACAUUCCAGGAAUGGUGCAUUUUAACCGAGUCAGUUCUGUUCAUUUAACAUCAAGUGAAAUAGAUAUUACGUAGAGUGAAAGAUUUGUAUUGGCAAGAUCAAAAUAGAUAUUGUAUAAUAUAAAAGGGAAAAUAAUUAUUGGUGACUUGGUGUGACAUUUUUACGAGGUGUGACCUUCGGAAGUGUGAAUUACUAGAAGGGAAAAAGGAAAAAGGAAAAAAAGAAAGAGGAAAUAGCAAAUGUGGCGAAGUGUGACAUUUUCACCGGGAAAAUAGGAAGCCAUGAAGGAGAUACAAGGCAACUAACUAUUUGAAAUUAUCACGUUGAUUGGAAUCUAUAAUUAAAGAUGGCGAAAUCGAGUGCCGACGAUGAGGAGCUACGAAGAGCAUGCGAGGCAGCAAUAGAAGGGACAAAACAGGGAGUUGUAAUGUCCAUCCGUGUUGCCAAAACCAGUGGCAUCAUUGGCAUUUCCGGCAAAUUGAGUCGUGGUGCCAUGGCUAAACCCAGAGUUCUCGCUAUCUCCACAAAAGCUAAAGGCCAACGCACUAAAGCUUUUCUUCGUGUCUUAAAAUAUUCUAAUGGAGGAGUUCUUGAGCCUGCAAAGCUGUACAAGCUUAAGCAUCUUUCAAAGGUGGAGCUGGUAACUAAUGAUCCAAGUGGGUGUACAUUCAUGCUGGGUUUCGAUAAUCUCAGAAGUCAAAGUGUUACUCCACCUCAGUGGACAAUGCGUAACGUUGACGAUAGGAACCGCCUUUUGCUUUGCAUCCUAAACAUCUGUAAGGAUGUCCUGGGUCGUCUCCCCAAGGUUGUUGGCAUAGAUGUGGUAGAGAUGGCUCUUUGGGCAAAGGAAAAUACUCCAGCAACUACCAAGCAACUGGCUAAUCCUCAAGAUGGGCCUCUCCCUACUAUAGCAGAAGAAGGUGAGAUGACAGUAACUGUUGAAAGAGAACUUGUAUCUCAAGCAGAGGAAGAGGACAUGGAGGCUCUUUUAGGCACUUAUGUAAUGGGUAUUGGUGAAGCUGAGGCAUUCUCUGAGCGGCUGAAGCGAGAGCUUCAAGCUUUGGAAGCUGCUAAUGUGCAUGCCAUCUUGGAGAAUGAGCCAUUAAUAGAUGAGGUCUUGCAUGGCCUUGAGUCGGCCUCCAACUGUGUUGAAGAUAUGGAUGAAUGGUUGGGCAUCUUUAAUGUAAAACUUAGACACAUGAGAGAAGACAUUGAAUCAAUAGAAACCCGCAACAACAAGCUGGAAAUGCAGUCAGUAAACAACAAAGCAUUGAUUGAGGAACUUGAUAAGCUUCUUGAAAGACUGCGUAUCCCUUCUGAGUAUGCAGCGUGUUUAACAGGUGGUUCAUUUGAUGAGGCAAGAAUGCCUCAGAACAUUGAGGCAUGUGAGUGGCUAACUAAUGCUCUACCUGGACUUGAAUCGCCUAACUUGGAUCCUAGCUAUGCAAACAUGAGAGCUGUGAAAGAAAAACGAGCAGAAGUUGACAAGUUAAAAACGGCAUUUGUUAAAAGAGCAUCUGAAUUCUUGAGAAACUAUUUUUCCAGUUUGGUGGAUUUUAUGAUGAGUGAUAAGAGUUAUUUUUCUCAGCGUGGGCAAUUGAAAAGGCCUGACCAUGCUGAUCUCCGAUACAAGUGCAGGACAUAUGCUCGUCUUUUGCAGCAUUUGAAGAGUCUUGACAAGAAUUGCUUGGGCCCUUUAAGAAAAGCUUACUGUACCUCCCUCAACUUACUUUUGCGCCGGGAGGCUCGUGAUUUUGCAAAUGAGCUUCGUGCCAGUACAAAGGCAUCAAAAAAUCCUAUUGUAUGGUUUGAAGGUUUGACAGGUUUGAAUCAGAGCGUGAAUAACGCAGACACUUCUGCAGCCUCUGAGGCAUAUGCUAAAAUGCUUACAAUAUUUAUCCCACUCCUUGUUGAUGAGAGUUCUUUCUUUGCACACUUCAUGUGCUUUGGAGUUCCUACACUGCUUCCACCAGAAGGAGUUGCCAAUGGCAACAAAGCUGGAGAUGAUAAGGAUGAUGCGGAUGAUGAUUUAGGCAUCAUGGAUAUAGAUGAGACUGACAAUAAAACUGGACAAAAUCCUGCAGAUCUAGAGGCACUAAAUGAAUCACUACAUGAAUUGCUUGAUGGAAUCCAAGAAGACUUCUUCGCUGUGGUUGAUUGGGCAGGCAAGAUUGAUCCAAUGUGCUGCAUAUCAAUGCAUGGAAUCACAGAGCGUUAUAUUCCAGGUCAGAAGGCUGAUGCAGCAGGAUUUGUGCGCAUCUUGCUUGAUGACUUGGAAUCAAGAAUUUCAAUGCAGUUCAGCCGUUUUGUUGAUGAAACAUGCCAUCAAAUUGAAAGAAAUGAGCGAAAUGUUCGGCAGUUGGGAGUUUUAUCAUUUAUACCGAGAUUUGCCACCCUUGCAACCCGUAUGGAGCAGUACAUUCAAGGACAAUCAAGGGAUUUGGUUGAUCAGGCAUACACAAAGUUUGUCACUAUAAUGUUUGUUACUUUGGACAAAAUUGCUCAAACAGACCUGAAAUAUCAAGAUAUCAUGCUUUUAGAAAACUACGCAGCAUUUCAGAAUAGUCUGUAUGACCUGGCUAAUAUCGUGCCAACCUUAGCAAAAUUCUAUCACCAAGCAAGUGAAUCUUAUGAACAAGCUUGCACACGCCACAUCAACACGAUUAUUUACUACCAAUUUGAGCGACUUUUUCAAUUUGCUCGAAGAAUCGAGGAUUUAAUGUACACAAUUACACCAGAGGAGAUUCCAUUCCAGAUUGGAUUGUCGAAAGCUGAUCUUAGGAAGGUGGUAAAAUACAGUUUAUCUGGGGUGGAUAAGUCCAUCAGCGCGAUGUAUAAGAGACUGCAGAAGAACUUAGCCUCGGAGGAGUUGUUGCCUUCUCUAUGGGAUAAAUGCAAGACUUUGCUCGUUCAGAGGCUCUUCAAAAAGGGAAGGCUCAAGUAUAGUGUUCGUGGCACUAGCUCGGCAUUGAGAUACAACCUCGUCCUCCAGUUCUAUUCCACGCGGCUGAUUUUGAGGCCAUUAUUCCCAGAUUCUAGGAUGGUGAGGGCACGCGCGGAUGUUGCUAUAGACGAGGCAUCGGCGCUUGCUACUGGAGCUAUGACUUGUGGCAGGGGCAGGGGUAGAGGUCAUUGUAGGGGGAGAUGUAAAAACUAGGGUCCUCAGACUAAGGUACGACUCGUAUUAAGAAAGUAAACGAAAUUUAAAAGGUUUCACGUUUUUGCGAAAGUGGCUGAGGGGCCCAUUUCGGACAACUGUAACCCUUUGAUUAGUUGUUAAUUUGAAAAAAUGCCCUAAAUGAAAGUUGUAGUAUGUGAAAAUACCUUUCCAUCCAUAUAAAGAUCAGUCCAAACGGAAAUUGGAGCAAGAGGAUAUGAGCUUCACAAAAACGCUCGGAAAAGCGAGCGAGCCGUACGCGUUGGCCACGCAUCAAUGUAACACUCUGUAAAUUUAGAAUAGGUGUGGAUGUGUUAAAUAAGUAUUAAUGUGGCAUUCUAGACAUGUGAGGUACUAUCGGGAUGAGUUUGGGUGGAAAUAGUUAUUUUGGAAUCAAGACGAAUAGUGAGGUGCUGAAGAUUCGAUAGAAUUAGCGAAGUUUAUGGCAGGUCUGACUUCCAGCGCG